AUGAGCAUUGAGACGGUCGCGGAUAUCCUAGGCCCAGCACCAGCCGGUCUGGAUCUGUCGGCUAGCCGGACAACCCAGGAUAACGCGAUCGUGAUUAGCCUUUCAGCUUUGAGUCUUUUUACCGUGAUAAUUCGGUUUAUUGUCCGUCUCCGAAGCCCCAAUUCGAAGUUUGGACCGGAUGAUUGGUUGAUUGCCAGUGCUCUGAUUCUCCAAGCAGUCCUGCUAGCAUGUUCCCUCAUUGCGGGAGAAUGGGGCAUGGGGAAGCAUAUUUGGACAACUACGAUUCCUAAGGUUGUGAAAAUGAAACAAAUCCUCCUCGCCUGGCUCAUUAUCUAUAUAUUUGAGCUUUUCCUCAUCAAGGCCUCGAUCCUGAUGUUCUACCGCCGUAUCUUCGGUAUGAACUGGACCAUAUGGGCGUGUCUGGCCAUCGCAUCGGCAUGGGCCCUAGGAAGCCUCAUCGCCCUGCUGGUCUGUCCGGCUCCUAUUUCGUAUUUCUGGACAGAGUAUACUGCUCCGACAAGUGGGAACUUUCGUUACAAUUUUUACAACUAUUAUCUUGGAAAUGCGGCUGGCAAUGUAGUCAGUGAUGUGCUGAUUCUUCUCGUCCCGUUCCCGAUCGUGUGGAGAUUAAAGAUGCGAGUGACGCAAAAGAUCAUGGUGUCAAGUGUUCUUUUACUGGGUAUCUUUGUUUGUGCCGCCAGUAUUGUCCGCCUCCACUAUAUCACGGGCCUUAACACUGUCGAUCUGACCUGGGCUAUGAGCAAUGUAUACGUUUGGUCAGAUGUCGAGCCCUGUCUUGGAAUCAUCUGUGCCUGUCUCCCGGCCGUGCAGCCUAUUGUGCGCUCUAUCAUGAAAAUGGAACAUAUUCUCCUUCUCCGCAGCAAACUACGCCGUUUAAGUGCACAAGCACAACGGUCGAAUGAAAUACAGCUCCGGAAGAAAGAGGAAUAUGUCAGUCAUCACGAUCAUAGAAUCACUUCUCUCACCCCAGUCUACAGUCCUGAGGGUAAACCAGAAGGUCUACGCACGUAUUAUGAUGAUACCCCAGAUGAGGAGGAGAGGAGGCUUACGACCAUGAUAACACAUAUAGAGUCAAACGAGUCGAGGAGGCUACGAGAAAACCUAGAGGAAUUUUUGGGUUCUGGGUUCAUUCGAGUGCAGCACGAGGUUGUGGUGAACAUAGAUUGA